GUGAGGGUUUGUGAGGUUUUAGCACCAAUAUUUGAGAGAGUUCAAGCAAAAAUCAUGGAAGCAACUAUCAGUUUCAUUGCAAAGGUCCUUGUUUUUUGUGGCCAAAACUAUCAAGUUUGGUCAAUUAAAAUGAAGGCAUAUCUAAGAGCAUUUGACCUCUGGGAUGCUGUUGAGCAUGAUAUUGAUCCACCUCCUUUGCCUAGAAAUGCAACCUUGAACCAAAUAAGGUGUCACACAGAGGAAGUGACAAAGAAAUACAAGGCACUGACCACCAUUCAUUCUACAGUGUCUAAAGAAAUUUUUACAAGAAUUAUGACUUGUGAAACAACAAAAAAGGCCUGGGAUAAACUCAAGGAGGAGUUCCACAGAGAUACAAAGGCAAAGCAAAUUCAAGUGGUUAAUCUUAAGAGGAAAUUUGAGGUUCUCAGGAUGAAAGAAAUAGAAACUGUGAAAGAAUUUUCUGACAGGGCAAUGAAGGUGGUGAAUCAUAUUAGAAUACUUGGUGAAGAACUUACAGAGAAGAGGAUUGUAGAUAAGGUUCUUGUGAGUUUACCAAAGAAAUUUGAGCAUAAAAUUUCUUCUCUAGAGGACUCAAAGGACAUGACACAAAUGACACUUUCAGAACUUGUGAAUGCGCUUCAAGCUGUAGAACAAAGGAAAGCAAUAAGGCAAAAAGUUAAAGGUGAUGUUGAAGGUGCUUUUAUUGCAAAUGAAAGAGGAAAGGGUCAUGUAAGCAAUUUGACCAUGAUGAAAAGACUUGGAAAUGGAGAACUUGUUGAAGUGAAAGGAAAAGGGACAAUUACUGUUAAUACAUCAACUGGUAUCAAGUACAUUUGUGAUGUUUUAUAUGUGCCUUGCUUGAGCCAAAAUUUGAUUAGUGUUGGUCAACUAUUAGAGAAUGGUUAUGUAGUGCAUCUUCAUGAUGAAUGUGUUGAUGUGAUUGAUAAACUUGGUGUAAAAUUAUUUACUGCCGCUAUGAAUCAUAGAAAAUUUUCUAUUGAUUGGAGUCAAACUGAAAUUAAAGCAUGCACUACUGUUGUGGAUGAAUAUGAGAAAUGGCAUGGGAGCUUUGUUGCCAAGGAGGAGGUUGUUGGAACCGUUCAAGAUAAGCAUGCCAACAAAGCUCCUAUGUUGUUGUCCGAUUGAGUCUAUUUGUUUGUUAUUUGAAUUUACUUUAGUUUGUUUGCAAUUUGAAUUAGUUUGCUGCAGUUUGUUUUAAGUGUUUUUAAGUUUAUAGCAGUUUGUUUAAAUUUAUUUGUAUUGAAUAAUUGUUGAGGUAGUUUUGUAACUACCCUUAUUUGUGUAUUUAAGUAUUUUACAUAAUGAAAACUGUGUUGUUUC